AUGCUGGCCGGGCCGGGGCCGUGGCUGCUCGCCUUGGCCUUGGCCUUGUGGCCGGCAGGGCUCCGGGCGCAGCUGAGGCUGCAGGAGGCGGGCGGAGGGCUGCGAGCGCCAGGGGACUCCGUCACCCUCUCCUGCCGAGGGUCCGGCUUCGCCUUCGAGAAUCAUUAUGUUCGGUGGUACCGUCGGGUACCCAGAGGCAGAUUCGAAUGGGUGUCCUGGAUAAGCCAUUACUCAUCACAGAUUCAGUUUGGGUCAGCAGUGGAAGGUCGAGCCACAGCCUCCAGGAACAAUUCCCACUCUCUGGCAUUUCUCAGCCUGCAUCUCCUCCAUGCCGGGGACGGUGCCCGCUACUUCUGUGCUGUUCGCACAGAGACACAAAAUCCAGCUGAGCUUAUAUUUGGACCAGGGACGACUCUCACAGUUGUACCAAACAUUCCAGAAACUUCUGUCCCUCAAGUCAUUGUGAUGAAAUCAAAGCAACUGAAAGAAGGUGGCAGCACUGGGAAAGCAGCUUGUUUGGCAAGGAACUUCCUUACAAAGGACAUCAGCUUGGAGAUGCCCUCUCAGGAGGUCGUAUAUGAACAGAGCACAUCCAUUUGGACGUCAGAGGGGUUGUACAAUGCAAUCAAAGUGGUCAAUGUGACAAAAGACACAGAGGUGACCUGCACGGCCCAAUCCCACAACAGCACGAUAACAACACAGCCAGAAGAGGAGGCUGAAGAACCAGGAACAGGCACCAGUGACAGGGUUUGCAACAGCACAGACCCCUCAGCACAAGCAGACCCCGAAGGACAGAGAGUGAACAUGCUGUCCAUGGCUGUGCUGGGUUUGAGAGUCCUGCUGGCAAAGAGCAUCGCCUUCAAUGUCCUCAUGAGUAUCAAGUUGUUUCUCUUCUGAGACAUGGGGAAUGAAGGCAAGAGGAGCCCAAAGAAGAGCAGGAAAGAACGUGAAC